UGGGUCACUUGAUACAAAUUUUGAACCAAUGAGGGUGAAAAGCAUUUUGAUAAAACUGGGAAAGUUUAUCAUGUUAUUUUGAUAAUUGUUUAUCAAAUUAUUUGUUUAACUUUUUUUAUUAUGGAUACCUCAAGCUUCUAAAACAGUUUGAAACCCCAUCCAUCCCUCCAAUUUCUUUUGUAGUAACAGAAAAACCCCAUUCCAUUCUGAUGGCCACUUUGGUCGUCGAUCCAAACAGCGGCUUUUGCUCCAAAACCAUGACGUUCCACAGCCUCCGAUCUCCCGUUUCACUCCCACCCGAAUCCGCACCCAUUUCAUUUACCGACUUCUUCUUCUUUAUGCUCCAGUCCUCCCCACCCUCCCCCACCGCCGUCGUUCUCAUCGACGCCACCACGCGCCGCCGUAUUCUCCACACCGAACUUAUCUUCCGAUUCGAAAACCUAGUCACCUCCCUCCGCACCCACUUUGGCCUCUCUAAAGGCGAUUGUGCUGUCGUUUUCACCCCUAACAAUAUCUUCACUCCCAUUCUUUACUUGUCUCUCUUAUCUAUCGGCGUUGUUAUCUCUCCCGUCAAUCCCGCCGCCACUGCCCCCGAGAUUCAUGACCUAAUCCGACAUUCCAAACCUGUCAUAGCUUUCGCCUCGUCGGAUUCAGCUCACAAAAUCCCUUUGCUCAAACACGGAGUCGUUGCUAUUGACUCUGUUGAAUUCGAGUCGUUAAUGGAAAGCCCAAGUGAAAAAACUGAAAACAGAGGAAUCAAAGUGAACCAGUCCGAUGUAGCCACGAUUCUCUAUUCGUCCGGCACAACCGGUGGGAUCAAAGGAGUUGCAUUGACUCACCGUAACUUGACAGCGACGAUUGCCGGAGGAAUGCGUCCGGUGAGGAGUUCCCCGACGGUUGUCCUUUGUACGGUUCCAUUUUUUCAUGUGUAUGGACUAGUAUUCAGUUUGAGGUCCAUGGUUUCGGGCGACUGCAUGGUGAUAACGGGAGGAAGUCGCUCAUUUGGUCUGAGAAAAAUGUAUGGAGUUAUCUAUGAGUAUAGGGUUAGCCUCUUGGCUUUGGCUCCAUCGUUGAUUGUAAAGAUGGUGAACGAUACUGCGAUAAUGGAUGGCUAUGAUUUGAGCUCGCUUGAAGCUGUCCUCUGCGGCGGCGCUCAUUUGAGUAAGAGCAUGAUCCAAAGGCUGAGAAAACGGUUGCCCAAAGUUAGGCUGGCGCAGGCAUAUGGGCUAACUGAAACAACGGGGCGAGUGUUUAGCACAAUGGUUCCCGAUGAAACCCAAGCAGAAGGUGCGACAGGGAAGCUUAUGCCAAAUUGUGAAGCCAAAAUCGUGGAUCCUGAAACUGGUGCUGCUUUGCCACCUGCAAAGUCUGGAGAGCUUUGGGUUAGGGGACCUGUCAUAAUGAGGGGAUACGUUGAUAAUGAGGAGGCAACUGUUGGGACUUUGGAUUCAGAUGGAUGGUUAAGAACUGGCGAUCUUUGCUACAUUAAUAAUGAAGGUUUCCUGUUUUUCGUAGAUAGGAUAAAAGAGUUGAUCAAAUGCAAAGGCUACCAGGUUGCCCCAGCUGAAUUAGAACAUCUGCUUAAUUCCCAUCCAGAUGUCGUCGAGUCUGCAGUUGUUCCGCUUUCAGAUGAGGAAGCAGGCCAGGUACCAGUGGCCUUUGUGGUUAGACAAUCAGGGAGCAACAUUGAUGAAUCAAAACUCAAGCAUUUUGUUGCCCAACAGGUUUCCCCGUAUAAGAGAAUACGUAGAAUAAUGUUUAUUGAUUCAUUGCCAAGGAAUGCAUCUGGUAAGGUGAUGAGGAAGGAAUUGGUGAUCAAGUUGUCAAGUGCUACCUCCAAGUUGUAAAUUUCUUCCACCUUUCCACGUUUUUAUGAUUCCAAAAUUGCUAAAUCUUGUCGUUUAUCUAUUUUAUAUAAUUGAAGAACUGUUUCAUAUCAUUACAAAUAAUCAAAAAAUAAAUUUAGAACA